UCGGGCCGAGGCGAGAUCUCGAUCGGAAAUUUCGGUUGUCGAGAUCUAGAUUCUCGUACAAAUUUUUUGGGAUUUCGAGAGGGGUUCUCGAGAGACAACAAUAUCAGUCCGAAGAAACAUCCUCUUCAAGAAUCAGGAUUUUUUCGAGAUCUCAAUUCUUGUAAGACCUUACAGUCUUCACUCGGUGUUAGAACGACUGUAUUAUGGGUACUAUUGUCGUCCCUUUCCCGUCAUUUUUAAGAUAUGCAAAAUGGUUACUAAAUUUUAGACCGAUAUAGCUCGUUGAUCUGUCGACUGACAUCAAUAUCAGUCCGAAGAAUCAUCCCUGAGUCCGUGGGAACAUCCUUUAAAAUUGUCAGAAACCCAUGGUUAUAGAGGCUCAAGAUGGUAAAACUUUUGAAAAAAAAUUCGAUUUUAUAAUGAUUAAUAAGGAGUAAACUGUAUUUUCAAUUUGAUUUUUAAUUUUUAGAUUUAUUUUCCUCCAAAAUUUUAAUUUAAAAUUUAAAAAAAUAAUGGGCACAGACGACUGUGUUGCUAAUCCAGCAUGUUGGGUAGAAAGUAAACCCUGCAAGUGUGGAGCUCAGAAUUGGAUUGCUACUCAUGUUGAGCGUGUAGCUAUUAAAUUUGGGGGCGGAAAGGCGAAUGAACUCGAAAUUCCUGUUGAGGGCGGUGCUGGUGCUCCUCCCGUCCGACGACGUUCUAUUAAUUUGUGGCGACCUAUUGCCGGAAUAUUUUCUGUGAAUUUGCGAGAGGAAGCAGUUGAUGGUGAAGUGCUGUCCCCAGGGCCGGAUGAUUUGCAUGAUGAAGGACCUCAUGAGGCUAUUCAAGUUCUAUUUAAAUGCAAAAAGUGUAAUUCAAACUUUCACUGCACCUAUGAAAUGAUUAAUGAGGAGAAAGGCAAGACCCAAAGCUUUGGCCACUACGCAGAUUAUUGUCAUACCCCUGUGGGUAUUCCAGAAGACCGUAUUUGCUCAGAGGAGCAUGCUUAUGAAGCUAUUCAACGUAUUUAUGCGGAUAUGUGGGAUCGAGACAAGUUUAGCCGGCAUUUUAAUAAUUGCCGUCAUUGGAGUGACAUGUUUUGGUGGAAAUUGCAUCCAGAAGAGUACAAACGCAAGAAGGCUGCUGAGGAAACUAUGGGUGGACGUUCCUUAAAGGCUUAA